AUGCAUAAGAUAGUAGAACAAUUUUUGAAAUUGAAACCGCCCAAGUUUGAAGGAAUAGGAGAUCCGGAGGCUGCUUCUAAAUGGAUUGAGGAAUUAGAAAAAGCUUUCGUGUUAUUGGGGUGUACUGAAGUAGAGAAAGUGACGCUGGCAGUGUACCAGCUUCAGGGCAAUGCGAACGACUGGUGGAAAGCCACGCAAGGCCGAGUGUUUCCUGCGGGUGUGGAUCAGAAUUGGACGGCCUUUGUUCAGGCUUUUAAUGAGAAGUAUUUCUCGCAAAAUCAAAUGACUGUGGAUCAAUACGAGGCUGAGUUUACCAGGCUGUCUAAAUUUGCGCCGAGAAUGGUAGAACAUCCUGAGGAUAAGGCGCGAAGGUUUAGGGAUGGAUUGAGGGCUGAUAUUCAUAGUCAACUGAUACCGGUAAAUUUGAGGACUUAUGAGGAAUUAUAUGAGAAGGCCCAAGCUAUCGAGCAGGAUAUGACGGAUAGAGCCGCCGCGUCUGGAUCACAGUAUACCUCCACCACGGACGAUCGUCAGCAAGAGAAAAAGCCGAUGAUGGAAAACCGACGUUUUGUCCCUCCGGCAAGAAGGAAUAUUGGGAAAUCAGCACAUCCGUCUAAUUCAGCUCGUAGACGCUGUGGGAGACAUCAUGGGAGUGGUCCCUGCCCAAGUGUGACUAGGGCGUGCUUUGGGUGUGGGGGAAUGGGACAUCACAUAAGGAGUUGCCCGAAUCUUCAGUCACUAAGUGUCCGAGGAUGGAAUUUGGAAGUUUUGAGGAUGAUAUGCGAGCCCGAUGAUUUGGAGUUUAAGAAGAGAUUUUAA